CAUUGCUCCGUGUGGUGAGUUUGUCGUUGUGUUUCCCUCUCGGCGUCUGGUUUCUCCACGAGUUUGGAGAGCUCGAGGCUCCAACCAAACCCAGGACUGAAACGGGCAUGAAGAGGAAAUGUAGCUCUAAUAUCCAGUUCUGUAGGGCUCCCCCAUCGUGCCUCCGUGGAUGAUGUUCCUGAUGACGGCCUGCAACGCUGAGAACAGGACAGCGGAUCAAUAGGAGUUUUGCUGCCCCUCUCUCCAUCCUUCUCUCUCUCUCUCCCUCAAACUGCCUUCCCUUAUUCCUGGACAGAGGAGUGGAAAACGACAGAAAAACCUGACUUGGGACCAGCACUUGUUCUCCUCCUCCUCCUCUUUCUCCUCCCCCAACCCCCUAAGCCUUGCCUCUAGACAGCCCAGUGAUGUGUCCCCUAGCUCGGUCAGCGGCUACCCCUGGCCAGGGGAACUUGUUUCUCCUUUUGGGGCUUUUGCUUAUCAUGAGCUCAUCCUUCUCUGGAGGUCAACCCCCUCCCUUCAAACGAUUUGUCCCCUCUGAGUCGGGGCUUACACAUCUGGCCAUCCACAACAAAACUGGAGAAGUCUAUGUGGGAGCUGUCAACUGGAUUUUCAAGGUGUCUAGCAACCUGACCAAACUGCGCAGCCACAUGACUGGCCCAGUGGUGGACAAUGAGAAGUGCUACCCUCCGCCCAGUGUCCAGUCCUGCCCUCAUGACCUGGCCCAGACCCCCAAUGUGAACAAGCUUCUCCUCAUAGACUACGCACAGAACCGCCUCAUUGCCUGUGGCAGCACUUCGCAGGGGAUCUGCCAGUUCCUUCGCCUGGAUGACCUCUUUAAGCUAGGCGAGCCCCACCACCGCAAGGAGCACUACCUCUCUAGCGUGGCAGAGUCGGGUACCAUGUCCGGGGUCAUCAUAAGCUCCGCCCAGAGUCCGACCAGCAAGCUAUUUAUAGGAACGCCCAUCGACGGCAAGUCUGAGUACUUCCCCACCUUGUCCAGCCGCAAGCUGAUGGAAAACGAAGAAAAUGCCGACAUGUUCAGCUUCGUCUAUCAGGAUGAGUUUGUCUCCUCUCAGCUGAAGAUCCCCUCUGACACUUUGUCCAAGUUCCCCGCUUUCGACAUCUAUUACGUUUACAGCUUCAGCAGCGAGCAGUUUGUCUAUUAUCUAACGAUGCAGCUGGAUACCCAAUUGACGUCCCCCGAUGCCAGCGGAGAGCAGUUCUUCACCUCCAAAAUUGUCCGCCUCUGCGUGGACGACCCCAAGUUUUACUCCUACGUUGAGUUCCCCAUUGGCUGCACUAAAGAUGGAGUAGAGUACCGCCUGGUUCAGGAUGCCUUCUUGGCUCGGCCAGGGCGGCAGCUCGCCAACUCUCUGGGGAUCUCUGAGAAUGAAGACAUCCUCUUCACGGUCUUCUCUCAGGGUCAGAAGAAUCGGGCCAAACCACCCAAAGAGUCGGCAUUGUGUCUGUUCACCCUGAGGAAGAUAAAAGAGAAGAUCAAAGAAAGAAUUCAGUCCUGCUACAAGGGAUACGGGAAGCUCUCCUUACCCUGGCUGCUCAACAAGGAGCUCGCCUGCAUCAACUCGCCGCUGCAGAUAGACGAUAACUUCUGUGGCCAGGACUUCAACCAGCCUCUGGGUGGAACCAGCACCAUCGAGGGCACCCCCCUCUUCAUCGACAAAGAUGACGGCAUGACCUCGGUGGCGGCGUACGACUACCGUGGCAACACCGUGGCUUUUGUUGGCACGCGUAAUGGCAAACUGAAGAAGGUAGGAAUGAUUUUAUUUCUCCCAUAUUUUUUUAUAUCCAGUCUUCCUUUUUUUCCAUUUAAAUGACGUGUUGGUUUGUUUUUUGUUUUGGUUGAUUUUGAGCGUGUAGUAAAGUGUAACGCAAACUUGCUUUUUUGGUGCUUAUCAUUUCUAGGAAAUUUAGCAAAAAUGGAUGCAAAGUUUUGUUUGGAAUAGCGAGUAGAUUUUCCACUAGUGAUGGUUAUUGUUCACUUAAUGAACUGUGUGCUUGCAGCUUAAUCGUUGUGCGUUUACACUGAGCACUUUGCAUGGACUUUUUUUACACCAAGAUUAAAUGCAGUCAACUCCAUUUUUCUCGCUAGUGGCCAUUUCCAACAGGGCAUUCAAGUGCCUCUUUAAAACAUGUUCGUUUAACAAGCAAUUUGAAGCAAGUCUGUGGCUACACCCCCUCAUCGAUUGUCAUGUUAGUCACGUCACACAUAAAAUGUUACUGCUGUAUCCUUACGCAUCAUACUGCCUCUAAUUUUAAGAGCUCGCCUUCAAUCAAUCCAACAGCUCUGACUGCUGAAUGGCUUUUCUGUUCUGGUCAGCUGUGUAGCGUGGAUUAAUCCAGGUGGGUAUAGAUGGAGGCUAGGACAGAGGGAUAGAGCGCUGAUGGAUGGACCAAUUCACUUUCCGUGUUCUGUUAGAGUUUGACUUUCAGUUAAACUUUCCCUUCGGAGAGCAUCUUUAGCAGUUAAUUUCUUUAGCAGUUAAUUUCAAAUUUAAUUUUUUUUUUUAUUACAUUUUGAGACUAGCGGUUUGUGUCAACAUCAGGUGCAUAUUUUGGCCACACUUCUGCAGCGGCUGCAUCCUCUUGUGGAGGAAUGAGAAAGCUCCUAAAUGACACCAUGUUAACUGUAAAUGAAACAUUAAUGUUGGGUUGAGCCUUGGUAGACAUGGUGAUUGUAUGUGAGAUGUACACUCUUACAAUGUACCAUCAUUACGAUUCUAUCUGUGCAACAUGCUAAUGUGCAGCCUGAAUAUUAGUUAUUAUGUGUCAUGUCUUUGUGUGUGCGCGUGUGUGUGUGUGUGUGUGUGUGUGUGUGUGUGUGUGUAUAUGUAUAUCCAGUCUAUGGACGACGGUUAGAUGGUACCUCAUUAGAAUUUCUCGCCGCACUGCACAAGACCUGUCAUCCAUUCAAUAUUAUGAAUGUAUAAUCAGCCCGUGUGUUUGUGUGCUUUUAAUGCCUGUUUGUGUAUGCACGCAGUGUUUGUGUGUUUGUCACUCACAGUACGCAUAAUAAUGUGUACGCCUGUGAUGGCAUGGAUUUGUGUGCGAAUAUGUGUGUUUGUAUUUAUGAGGGAGCGAGAGACAACAAACAAUACAGUGUUGACUAAGAUUCAGCGCUGUGCAUUUGUCAAAGUGACACCCAUUCACUUAGCUUGGCAGUAGUCCCCUUAUUUAUUUAGCUGUCGUCACAUGUCUCUUCUUCUGUGCUGCUGUGCACUCUGUGGAACACCUGAGAAAGCAAUGCUACGGCAGGUUGCUGAGGUGUGUUGUUUUUUACGUGUGUUUGUUAUGCAUUUGUGUGUUUAUUUAUUUGUGUGUGUGUGUGUGUGUGUGUGUGUGUGUGUGUGUGUGUAACAACGGAGCCAAAGAGCCUGCAGUUCUUUUGGCUGCCUUCUGUUUCAGACAGAAAAUCCCAAAACAACAAGAAAUCUGGUCUUGGAAAAUAUUCAAUUUGCAUAGAAGGGAACAAUAUCUAAAACAUUCUAGCAGACACACACGCACACACAUUCACACAAACUUACAGCUCUGCCAGAAAAAUAACGACAGUAAAGGGAGAAAGAGAAAAAAAAAAAAGCAAAGUAAUGAAGAGAUGAUGAGAGAUGGAAAAAUGGAAACGGAGCAACUGAAUUAGUAGCGUGUGAUAACAGAUAGUUCCUCACUGAUCCGCCAGGCAUUCGUCCUCUUCCACUCUGUGUCAUUGCUUCUAUAAGUGAUUUUAUAUGUGUGCUGCGUGUUAUCUUAUCAGUAGAAUAAGAUGUUUGAGUCAUCAGGACCCGUUUCUACCUGAGUGUGUUGUUAGCUCCUGGCAGUUUAAUGGGAGUGCACGCAGACCAUGAUGCCGUGAUGGAGCGCAUUCCUCUUCCUACACUUUCCCCUGGAGAGCACUAGCAUUGAAUGCUGUUUAUAUAGCCACGACUGAGGGUGCUGAAGGGAGAUAGGGGUAGAAACGGGGAGAAUAUUGGUAAGAUGGAUGACUGUGCUAAGAGGAGGCAGCUUUCUGGUCUGUUUUUCUGUCUUACUUUGAGAGGACGAGAGUGGAGAGGAUUGUCAGUAUUUGUCAAUUCAUCCACUCCACUCCUCCAGUGUUUGCCGGCACAAAAAAAACGAUGGGAAAACUUUUAUCAUCAUGGCUGUCUGCCAAAUGGAUCUUUUCUUCAUCAGUGUACUCAAAGAUGUUUCUUUUUUAAGCACUGUUAUUUUACCUGAAGCGUCCCUUCAUUUCUCAUUUGGCUGGACUUGAAGUGCUUUGAUAUGCUUUGUCAUCUCCACUUCUAUUUUUAACCAACUCCAAUGCUCAAGGUUGUCUGGAGCAACACGACGGUGGCACAAACAACAUGUUUAAUGCACUAAUGAAGUCCCUCUGUGCUCUGUUGGCCAUGCACACACACUCACACACACUCAGACACACGCAUACAGGGGAAAGCUUUCACUAAUGAGUGCUGGUUUGAUGGUGCAACGAUAGGAGAUACAGGGAGAGGAAGGGAGAUAGAUAUAAAGAUGGAGCAGAUAGAGAGGAGAGCAAGAGGAGGCGUAGCAGAGAAGGAAGUGAUAAAGAGAGGCGAUGUCCACUGAGGUGAUUAACUAAUUCCAGCGGUCAUCUGGAUACCACUGCGGUCAAGGACACAGCGGCGAUACUGGCAACACGCUGCACUUAAUAUUUAGGAUUAAAAGCCUUCAUUCCCUUUGACGGUUUCAUUAUUUCUGUCUGCUUGGCUCGGCCGUGUGUUGCCGUUCAUCUGUAAGCACGGCAGCUUUACAUACUGUUUUUAUAUCUCACUCACACAUCCUCCUUUUCAAGUUUCCUCGUCUAAAGAAACACCGUAACUAAGCCGCCUCUGUCUGUGUUGUAAAGCAGUCAGCAGAUGGACAUUCAACUGAAAAUUGGGUGGUUCUCUCGGCCACUUCCUGCACUUUAAGGCGCUGUUGAGCAUUGACAAUGCGAGGGCAUUCAGCAUGACCAUCACACGCUCGCGCACACAUACAUAAUCUCAAUAGGUGGGCUCACACCACCAGACAAAAGAGAGGAUCCUAGUCGAUAAUCCAAUACCUAUUGUAAGUGCUUGUUUUUCAAAACUGCACACACAUUUACACGCAAACACGCUUUAGGAUUCCUCAGCUGCGCCCUCCUCCGGGGGGGGUCGAUUUGAGCCAUCUGCCGUGUGUAUGCGGCCAGUGUGCCAGGUGGUAGGAGCCCCCAGUGCCCGCUGCGUGCCCAUUGUGGCCGCGCCAGGCUCAGGUGGUGCUGCGGUGGGAAGUUGCCGCCAUUCAUCUGACGGGGGGGCAUCGAUGAAGCAACCUCGAGGCAUCGAACAGCAUGUCGGUUUCCAACAUAUGACUUAAAUGUCUAGUGUAACAAAAGCAAAACCAUACUGUAAAAGUGAAAUAGAUUAAAAAGAAGUUCCUCAAUGCAGAAUAAAUGUCCUUCAAACAGGCAUUCGUUAAGCCGAGGGCAGCAGAGUGUAAAUGUCUCGCAACCAAAAGAUAACAUGACUGACCUCUGCACCAGUCAAAGUGUUUCUGUAAACUAAUUAGCAUUGGUUCUGCUGAGGUCUCCUUGAGCAAGAACAUGAACCCCUAUCAGCUCUGUUAUCUGUAAAGACGAGAGGAUGACGGCAUCCACCAGGCAGCUACAAUCUAAACAAUAAUAGUCACCUAAUGCUAAUCUAACAAAUCUAAUUAAAUACAUACAUCACUUUGUUUUUACAUUCACUACACUGGUCACGUGGCAUUGUAGGGGUUAAUAAAGAGUGACAGUGACGUACGUGAGUAUUGCUGUGUGGAGUCAGGGAUGUAUUCCACUGGGACCGCCGGUGUCAUCAUCAAGAGACCAUGUCACGGCCUAAUUGACUGAUGAUUGUUAUUCUACUGGUGCAUAAUGCUGCCCUGUCAAACUCCCCCUCGUGUGUGUUUCUGUGUGGUUUGCAUUUAAAUGUCUCUGUCCACCUCCCAGCCUUUAGGGGCCGGACCUCCACCCAAAAAGGCACAAAUGAACACACUGUGGAAACACACCAAUAAUAUUUGACCAGUAGAUGAAGUCAGGAAGGAGAGAAGGUGUGUGUGUGUGUGUGUGUGUGUGUGUGUGUGUGUGUGUGUGUGUGUUAUAUGGCCGAGUGACUUUAAAGGGGGGUUGUGUCAUCACUUGGCUCAGCCAGCCGCGCCACGAGUUGUAUGGGGGGCAGCGGCACAGAGGCUGGCUUUGUGCAGACGUUUGGUAGCUCUUCGGUCAUUAGUUCACACAACUGCCUGUAGUCACAAACAAAUGCAGAACGGAUGAGAAAGAGACGGAGAACGAUGAAAGGGAUCCGAUACGGUAGAGGGAAUAGAAAGUUAAGACCCGGCGCUCAAGACAAAACGGAUAAAUUACACUUUGCAUUUAACACCGAGUCUUUUCCACUUAAUUUAGCUCGGUCGCAGAGACCCAUCAGUCAUCCAAUCUUAUGAGGAUGUUCCCAAAUUAACAGCAAAAUGUAUCAUUUUCUGCAGCGGUUUACCCUCUCUCCCGACUUUCAAAUGGUGAUUUUCCGAUUACAUACAGCCCUGUUAAGCUGUGACAAGCCAAGCAUAUAGAGUAUAUCUUUCUCGCCACUAGCAUGCAACUUAGCGUGAAAUCAACUUAAUCAAAUGAAUUAGUAGCCGGCCAGCUAGCUCCACGUGCAGAGGACGAUGUUGUAUGGUGUUUGGCCUCUGCUGUCCUACCCAGAGCGACUACAGGGUGAAUGCAAGUCCGCGUGUUUUUACAUCUGUACAAGAAAACACCGCGCAUUCGUCAGGUUUUGAGAAUGAGUGUGUCUCUCCACAUAUGUGUGUGUCCUGCUGACGCGUGUGGAUAUCAAUUAUCUCUCGUCAUUACCAGCCCCAGUCUUUCUCCCAUCUGUUGGCAUGUCCUCUUGUGUGGCUACACUCAACCCGACAAAGCAAAGCGCACAUCAUCUCCCUGUGGACGCUCACACUCGGAGCCUUGGAGGGUGUCAUUGCAGAAUUUCACACGGGGAAUAUAACAUGCAUGUGUGACUUCAGGCCUCGGAUGCUGCCACCUCUGCUUUUUAUCAGUGUGAGAGAAACAGCAGUAUAGAUUGUUGGAUAUUUUAAGUUUUAAAAAAAUAUCUAAAAGGCAUCCAUAAAUCUAAUUCUCACUCAAAUAGCCAGUGUAAAACUACAAUUAUGAAUUAAUAAAAGGAAUCAUCCAUUGCUUCUUCGCGUCGCCUCUCCGCUUCUGUUCUCUCUCUCAUUUUCUCUGUUUCAUCUGCUGCUCACAUAUUCUCUUUCCACUCUGUCUGUCUGUUUCCUUCUGUGAUCAAAGAUCCCUCUCCCUGAUAAUAGUUGAGCGUGUGUGUGUGUGUGUGGAGAUGAGAUGUCGUGGUCGCUAUUUUUCUUUAAUCAUUUUCUCUCAUUAAAGAAAGGGCAGACACAGGAAAUGUACAUACAUGUUAAAGGUUUGCAUGUAAAAGUACGUGCACAACCUUGCACACACACACACACAUACUUUCACAUCUUAGAAACAGGGCUUUAGCACUUAGGUUGUAAAGGUAGACAGUAAUGAGGGGUCUUCUUAAAAUAUUUAAUGCCAUCCCAACUCCCACACAGUCUCAUUAAACCAGUGUCUCUAACUCCACCUUUAUCCUACAAUCCACCCAUGAUCCACGUUUAUACCUUACUGCCAAGCACAGGCGUCAAUAAGGGACACGAUGAAGUACCGCAAGUUGUACUUCAAUUCAAAUCUUAGUGGAUGUCUCCACUUAAACUCAGCGCCAACUAUUACCCAGUAAUUUCACCAGUGUAAAGCAAUGCAUUCAAAACUAAUCACUUCUAAAUCUCUGGGUAAGUUACAGUGGGCUCCUAUGUAGCAGUUCAGCCCGACGAUAAUCUCAGUGCUAAUGCACUUUAGCCCGGUCCAACAGCGUGUGACUGCACUGCACGGCACUCAUUCACUACCUCGGCGUUCCCAUUCUAAUUCACCACGACCAGGGGUUAAUGAGGCAAAGUGAGGAGUAGAGGAGAAGGGGGUGGGGGGAGAAAGCCGGGAGAAAAAGAGACGGGAGGAAAAGAGAGCGCGAGGGAGAUGAAUAAUAAAUGUACCAUGCUAGAAUCCAUUUUUAAGGGAAGAUUAGAAGAGUCUGGAUGCAAGCUGGGAUGCUCACAUGAUCCAAGUGAGGACCUGUUUCUAGGUCAUCUCUAUUAGACAUAUCUGGAUAGUGCAUCAAAGAACCC